AUGGCUUUUUACGGAAAAUCUUUUGUUCCUGAGCGCGAAGAAAACUACGAAGCUUUCGUCAAAUCUAUGGGUUUGCCAGAAGAAAGGGAAAAGCAAACUCUUCAAUUUAAACCAGUUCAAAAAUUUGAGAAGAAAGGUGAUGAUUACGUCUUUACUAUUCAAACGCCCGAGGGGGAAAAGACCUUCAACUUCAAAUCUGGCGUUGAAUUCACAUCCGCCUUUAGAGACCGGCCUGUACGUAUCUAA